AUGGUAAUAACGCAUAAAUCACCUAGAUCGAGCAAGGUGGAGGAUGGGAAGACACCUGUUCAUAAGAUAGAUUUGGACACAAUCUUAGUGGAGGAGAUCGGACAGUUCGGUUGGUACCAGUUCAGAACAUGGCUGCUGUCUGUUGUCGUGGUUAUAUUUGCUGCCUGGGCUGCCACGGAAUAUGUGUUUACUACGGCCCGUAUAAAUACCAGAUGCUUGAUUCCCGAAUGCGAAGACAACGAAGGCAGUGUAGAGUUUGCCCCGCCCUGGAUAUUGAACGCCGUACCUGGUACAAGUGCUACCUCAUUCGACGGAUGCCAACGAUACGCCAACGUUUCUGCUAGAUUUCGCCAGGAGACCUGUCCUGCAAACCUAUUCAAUAGAUACGAGACUGUUGAUUGCGAAGAAUUUGUCUAUCAGAAUACAGACACUGUUGUUUAUGACUAUGGCUUAGCGUGUGAUGAAUGGCGACGUACAUUGAUCGGUUCGGUGAGGACCAUGGGUGUUUUGACAGCACUACCCAUCACCGGAUUUGUGUCAGACCGAUGGGGACGACGCAUGGCACUCGCCAUCAGCGCAGUCAAUACCGCCUGGCUUGGCACCGUUCGCUACUGGGCUGAUACUUACAUUGGCUUCCUUAUUUCUGAGUGGGCUGAAGCUACGUUUGGAUCUGGUAUCUUUACUUGCGCGUAUAUCUUAGUGAUGGAACUGGUGGGACCAAAAUAUCGUGUAGCUGCGGGAGCCUCUAUGAACACUUUCUUUUCCAUCGGUCAAAUUCUAAUGGGUCUGAUUGCGUGGGGUGUGCCCAACUGGAGGAAUUUCACUCUUGCGCUUUACAUUCCGCAAUUCCUUACCAUCUCCUACUUUUGGAUUAUUUCGGAGUCCGUCCGCUGGUAUAUGAGUAAGGGUAGAUACGAGCAGUCCGAAGCAAUAAUAAAAGAAGUUGCUCGGGUAAAUAAGAAAGAGCUGUCUGAAACAUCGUUGGUAGCAUUGAGGAGAACCGCUGAAGAAGAGAAAAUACACCAAGCCACAGAACAAGCAGCUAGAGCUAAUGAACCCUGGUUGAUCGUUCUAGUGUUCCGUCAUAAAAAGAUUUUAACUCGUUGCCUUGUUUCACCAGUGUGGUGGAUCACGACAACUUUCAUUUUUUACGGAUUGUCAAUUAAUUCAAUAAACAUGUCCGGCAACCGGUACUUGAACUAUAUUGCGGUGUCGGCGGCGGAUAUCCCUGGAUACUGGACUUCAGUGCUACUGUUGGGGAAGAUUGGAAGAAAGCCUGUGCUGUUUGGAGCUUUCUGGGCCUGCGCCGCGUGUCAGAUUGGAUAUAUUUUCAUGCCAGAAAAUUUCUAUGCGGUAUCUCUGACUCUCUACUUGAUCGGCAAAUACAGCAUUGCCGUGGUUAUGACGUCAGUGUACGUGUACACGGCGGAGCUCUUCCCCACCAAGUAUCGUCACAGUCUGUUCGCGUUCUCCUCCAUGAUGGGUAGAAUCGGAUCCAUAGUCGCCCCUCUUACGCCAGCAUUUGUAAAGAGGAAAAAGAGCUGGAGAUGUGAUAAAUGCAUAAAUAAAACUUCUUCUGCAACAAAAGCGGGACCAUUGUCCGUCUCAAAACAAGCAGUAAAUACACCACAAAAUAGUAGUAAUAUAAGCUCCAACUUGUCAGAUGAAAACUAUUAUGUAACAAAGAGAAACCACAAAAAAACUAGACUUCACGUCUCCUCGGAGGAAUUGGCACAUAACUUAACCGAGGACUAUGCGAGUAAUACCUCGUCAACGUUACUUGAAGACACGCCGAAAAGUUUACCAAAUUUAUCAGUUGAUGAUUACUCAGAACUUAUUGAAGAGAUCAACCUGCUUAAGACUCAAUUAGCUAGCACCCAUGCGGAAAUUGAACGAUUAAAUAUACGGGUGACCAACCUUUAA